CUAAACAACAAAAGAAAAAAAAUGGGUCUAAAGAAAACAAGUAGCAGCAAACAACAAACAGCAGCUUUGAAACAAUUGAUCAAAAGAUGUUCUAGCUUUGGAAAAAAUGAGAAUGGUUUCCCUCAUGAUGUUCCAAAAGGACAUUUUGUUGUUUAUGUUGGAGAAAAUAGAAGUAGAUAUAUAAUUCCUAUUUCUUGGUUAACAUAUCCUCAAUUUCAAAAUUUGCUUCAAAGAGCUGAAGAAGAAUUUGGAUUUAGUCAUGAUAUGGGCAUUACUAUUCCUUGUCAUGAACAUGAUUUUUGUUCACUUAUUUCAAUGUUUAGAUGAAAAAAUGUUCCUAUCUUUUUUUUUUUUGUCUCUAUCAUAUGAUGAGAGAUUUUAAUUAAUUAGGUUAUUACUUAUUAUUAUUAUAAGUAAAUAGGUUUUAUUUCACUGACAAAAGGAUAUUCCCAUAUAUUAUAAACUCUUGUGGAGUUUUUUGGGUUUGUAUAUUUGGUUUUUCAUCUACUUUAUUGUUGUCAGUUUCAUCAGUGGUGUGGAUUCUGCACCCGUGGAAAUUAAAUCUCUUGUUUCUAUUGUUAUUAUUAUACAAA